AUGUUUCUCCAACACAAUGGAAUCAUUGAUCCCUCCGAUGAGUUUCUUCUCUCUCAAAUUUUCUCCUAUUUGAAACAUGAAACCAUUUAUCAAAGAAUGAGUCUUGUAUGUCGGGAUUGGUAUCAAGUAAUUUCUAAAGGUUACUUCAUGGGAGAGGAAUUUUAUUUGGAUGAACAUGUCAUCUUUGAAUAUUCCUGUACGAAUAUUGAAGAAUUGUUAUCAAUGAAAACAAAUACAUCCAAUACAAUAGUAUUGAAUCCAAAUGAUAAUAAUUAUUCCCAUUUGAUAGAAUUUGCAUUGGAAUUUCAACGAUUUUAUUCAACGCUUGUGUUUGAUCCUUAUUAUCCAGAAAGGAGAUCAAGUGAUGAAUUUCGUUUAAUGAGACGUUUUCAAUCAUUCAUGUCGAAGAGAUUCAUUCAUUAUCUUAGAUUUUUGCAAAACAAACAUGGAACCAUCCAAGGUGUGAAAAUAGUGAACAUGUACGAAAUAUUGUUAUUGGAUGACUCGAUGAAAAUGAUUGGCUUGAUGAGCUCGCUGUUUCCCUCUGUGACCAUUGUGCGAAGUGCACUGUCAUUCCCGUAUGGUCGAUCGCUUGAUUACUUGUUAGAAAUUGCAACAGGGUUUGACAAGUUACAAAAAGUGUAUUUACUUUCGUUUUCUGUUGAUCAAGCACACGUACUUGCUUCAAGUUUUGAAGAGAGCUCUUCAACCAUUCCACCCAAAAACCCUUUUGUACAGCAAACAAUUCAAGACACUACAAGAAACUAUCCACAUGUUCAUUUUGUGAAUACUGAUUUUACAAUUUAUGCCUAUUUAGAGUCAAGUCAGGUGGUUGAGCAAUUAAUAACAACAUUGAACCGUCUGAAACGUAAUGAUCAUCCACCACGAUCACAUCAUAUUGAAAAAGAAACUGCAUCUCCAUCGUCACAGAACGAGUUGUACAGUCCCAAUGAAAUAUUUACAUCCGAUUUAGAGUUAUUGUCCACUCUCAAGGCUGAACCUUGGAUGUUGCAUUUUCAUGUGGCGAAUGAGAAUAUUUUGACAAUGGCAAUACGUUUAAAGUUUAGAGAGAGUGUCAAGUAUAUCCUUUCAAAGAAUUCUGCAUUGUUAACCAAAUCCACAAAUCAUCUACGGCGUAACUUCAAGCAUCAAAGUCCUCUCUCAGUGGCCUUAACUUGCACAAGCCCUGAGGAUGGAAUUUUGGAUGACAUUAUUUUAGCAUUACAAAAACUUUCCAAAAAGAGUGAUGAAUACAUUCAUGAUGCUGUUACCAAGAUUCUUCCCUUAAAUGACAAGCGUAUACUUCAUGCAGAGCCGCAUUCGACCUUAUUGGAUUUCUUCAUUUUACCACUCACACCACAAGUAGAGAAAUAUGUACAUGAAAAAUAUGGUUUUGACAACUCUUUAGCCAAUUUAUUGAACUAUCAAACAGGAUAUUCAUUCACACAUUAUAUUUUACAACAUUUUCCGUUGCAGUGGACAAAACUAAAGACCUUACACCCUGAAAAAGUAUUUCGAGAUUUCGAGUCAUUUCAAGAUUCACUUCUUGGAUCGAAUCCAUUACAUGCACUAUGCAGCUCUCAUUGUCCUUUAUCAAUCUUUAAAGAUGUCAUGAAUAGCUAUUACAAUAGUCAUCCAGAAAUUUUGGAACAACAUUUGAGAGGUACCACGAUUGGAAAUCAAUCUCCCUUACACACUCUCUUUUUCUUGAAUGUGAAUCAUUUUAAAGAGAUGCCUGAGAAGUUUUGGAUCCUUUGGGAGAAAUGUGGCUCAAUUUUGAGGAAAUACCUCCUAUUACCAAAUGCAAAUGGAGAAACACCGCUCGAAUUGUUACUGUCUUGCAUUCGUCAAGGCAAUAUUUCACAAAUUGAAGAUUUCAUACGACAUGUAGUUUCACAAAUGGCACUUGAAAACGAGAAGAAUGCGCUUCAAAUAUUUCGAAAAUUGUGCCUUCAAAGAAAGUCUUUCACUCUAUUGUAUAUUAUUUGUCGAGCUUUGGAUGGUCGACUCUUUCCGUUACAGCCAGACGAUGAAGGAUAUGAUUUUCUAACAUGGACUACAAAUCUAUUAGAUUCGACUACUAUUAAGAACCAAUAUUAUUAUGUGUUGAAGAAUGGAAAUUUGAACUUUCAGUAUCGAUUUCCCAAGAUCAAUCGAACAUUGUUACAUUUUGUGGUGGAAUCAAAAUGCAAAAAUAGUGCCAUAUUGAUACCUUUUUUGAUACAUUUUGGAGUUGGAGUGAAUGAAGUGGAUACAAGAGGAAAUACAUGUCUCCAUCUCAUUGAUGAUGUUUGUAGUCGAUGGAGUGGAGAGUAUCAUAUUGCCAAGUUGUUGAGAAAUAUGGGCGCAAAAGUCAAUAUUUACAACCAUGAUGGACGAGAACCAUGUUCAAGAAUGCGACCUCGACGCACCAUAUGGAAGAGCAAACAAGUGGUUUCAGUGUUUAUAUGUGAACAUUGUUUAAAAUAUUUUACGUCACAGAAAGCAAUGCAUAAACAUGAAGAAGCAAAACAUGCACCACAUGUUUCGAAAGAGUAA